GUUAGAUUUCCGACUGUUCCCGAAAUUUGCCGAACUACAAAGUAACGUUAUUUUUCUUCUGUCAAGCCGUCUACUUAUUUACUUUUGAAAAGUUUUAUUUUGAUCAAUUAUUAUAAUUUAUUCGUAUUAAGAAGCACAAUGUCUGAUAUUGAGACUUCAUUCAACAAUGAUAAUUUACCAGAAAAAACGUCUGUUGAAAAUAAAAUACCACGAUCACCAGCUGUUGCUGCAUAUGAAUCAUAUGCGGCUUGGAGAAAGAAAAAAUUCCCACAAAAAGCUUUAGAUUAUAAUACAGAAGGUUCCACAAAAAAUGCCGACGAAAAUUUAACAUCUCAAAAUCAAUCAAAAUUUGAUUCUAAAAAAUCAUCAUAUUUUCCAACUGAAGAUCAAUAUAUUUCUGAAAAUCAUUCAAAUCACAAUCAUCCUGAUUCAAUGUUACCGAGGUCAUCCUAUUUUUCCGCAGAUUCGGAAAAUUUGCCUUCUAUUAAGAAAAACUAUGAAAGAAGAUCAUUUCCAUCUUAUGAAAAUCAUGAGAAACCAUCUUCUCAAUCUUACGAAAAACAUCAAAAAUAUAAUCCAAAAAUGUUUCAAGGAAAUGAACAACAGAAAUCCCAAAUUAAUUCUAAUAUAAUUCGAAGUACUUUUCCAGAAAAUAAAAUUUCAAAAGAAGCUGAACAUUGUUUGAAAAUAUAUUCUUCACGUUCUGAUAAUUUGUCAUCGCCAUCGAAUUUCCAUCCGGGACACAAAAGUCCUUAUAAAUCAGCUUCACAAUUCUCCGGUAAUUCAAAAAUGGGUCAAAAUUUCAAUCAAUUAAAAAAGUCGUCAGUCGAAUCCAAUCAACGAUUAAAUAGUUCAAACUCUAUGGCUUUACAGUCAGUUCAACAUCAAUCAGAUCACAGACAUUCAUUUCCCACUUGUUGUCAAGUCGAUCAUAAAACUCGUGAUUCAGAAAGUGGAGAAAUGGUAAAGGGUCUUUUAAAAUUAAUUGACAAUCAAAAUGAACAAAUAAAAAAUCUACAAUCACAGCUCGAUCGUUUAUUAUCAAUUCACGAGGAAACUUUAAAGGAACGAACAAAAUGUAUGUGUCACAUGGAAAUUCCUCGAAAAAAUUCUCAACUUUGUAUGCAAGCUUAUAAUGCAGCUCUACAUUCAAAAACUGCUGCCAUAACAGCAGACAAUUAUUCAAAUCAGGAACUUUCAAAAAUUUCCGAAUUUAAUCAAAUAACAAAUGAAUCAAAGAAAGCAUUAAUGGAGAGAAAAGUUUCCAUCGGUGUAAUGACAAGUUUUGAAUUGACCGUUCAAAAUAGUCCCUUUAAUCAUGAUUCAGAGAAUCAAAUUGAGGAACAUCAUCAGGAAGAGGAAAUUUAUCAAGAAAAUUUACCAAUAAAUCAAGAUCUUUCCAAGAGAAAACAAAAUCUUUUUUCACGAAUUCCUAGUGCUUUGGAAAAUAUCACCGAAGACUCCGAGAGUCAUCUUUCUUCUAGUCAACAACCAAGUAGUAAUUGUUUAUCAUCAUGCAAAGGUGGAAACUCAAACACUCAGAAUGGACAAUACAAAAAUAGUCCUGGAAAAUCUGCGAAUACAAAAAAUUUUAUAAAUAGUCAUUUUAAUCGUUCAAAUAGUCCAAGUAAUUUUAAUAAAUCAAGUCCAGUUAAUUCUCAUUCACAUCAAAAUAGUUCCAAUAUUCAAAAUCAAUCAAAUAUUACGAAUUUUCAAAAUACAAAAGAAAAGCACGAAUUUCGAAAUUUAAACGAUUAUCAAAAACAAAGUCCAUUGAGUAGAACUCAAGAAAUAUUGAAAAAUACAACACCUAAACAAACCGAUGAAUUGAGAUAUCGUACUUCUCAUGAAAAUGAUGAGAAGCAAAUUCAAAGAUUUGAUACAAGGGAAAAUAAUGAAAAUAAAGAAAAUUUUCAAGAAGAAAGUUUGAUUUUAGCUGAAGAACAAGUUGAAGUUAGAGAUCGUAUUCCUCCAAGUCCUGCGCCAAGUAUUCACAUUGAUAUGAAUGAUAUUUCAAGCGAAGAAGGCAGUAUUAUCACGAAACGAACUCCAAAAGUUGGAUGGACUUUUUAUAAUAAUGUUUUAGGACAAGUUAAUCAUAUCCUGCAGAAUUCACCUCUACAGGACGAUGUUCGCAAUAAAAAAAAUCCAGAAUUGGAUAAAAAUAUUUUAAUCGAUACAGUGAAAGCUGCGACAAUGGAUCAGUUAACAAAACUUGGAAUUAGUUUUGUUGACAAUGAAAGAGAAGCUAACGCUAACAAAAAAGUGACAUUCGACACUUCGUAUUAUUCUCGACUAAAUCCGGAAUUAAAUAUGAUGCAAGGUUCAAGUAUUAUGACAGAAACAAGUACUAGUAUGCACAUGAAAGCCUUAGCUAUGAAAUAUUUAAAGGAAGAACAAAUUUCUGAUGGAAUGCAACAGAAACAAAAACGUGAUGCAUUAACGAAUGUUAUGGUCAGUAAUGUUCAGGGCACGACUAAUAUGUCCUUUGCUACGAUGCGUUAUUUACAAAGAUAUCAGUUACUUCCAGAAAGCAUGAACGGUUUAAUAGAAGAUAAAGGUAAAGAAAAUUUUCAAAUUCAAGAGAUUACAAAAAAUCGUGAAGCAGUGCCACAGAAACCGAGGAUAAAUUUACAAAGUCGACCGGCAAUUUCUCCGGCUACAAAAACAAGUUGCCCUAGCAAAAUUUUGGAUAUUUCAACACUGAAACAACAGCCAAAACUUUUGUGAAUUAAUAUAAUUUAGACUUUAAUUUUGUUACCUAAUAUUAAUUAGUUUUUGUAUAUUUAAAAUGUUACGAUAUAAAUUAGUAAUUUUAAUUAUAUUUUAAAAUAUUUUAUGAGUAUUUAUAAUAUUUAUAAUAAUAAUCAUUAUUAUUAUUAUAAAAAAUAAAAUAUUUUUUCACUUUAAAAAAUUCUA